AUGUCUGAUGGGCCAAAUGGUGCCGAAGAUCUAUCAAUAGAUAGAAAAGAUCCCACAUCUUUCUUGCCAGAAGAGCCAAUGUCAUAUGAAAUAAAAGUAAAAAAAAAGAAGAAAAAGAAACACAAACAGGUGGACCCAUUUAAAGAUUUAGAAGAGAAGAUUGCACUGCCAACGGAUAUAGCACUUGAUCCAGAGGUUAAUAUAAAAGUUGAGAGUAUUGAAGUAGAGUUGGAUCUUAAUGAUUACACAAUUGACAACACCUUGACAGUGGAUGGGCCACAGAGCGAGGAAAGCCAGGAGCCUGUGGUGAAACUGGAGGAACAGAGUCGUGAAGCGGUUAUCUUAACUUUCGAGAGUGUUGUCAGUGAUAAAAAGGUUUUCGAAUGCACUCGGAGUGCCCCUGGCGCUAUGGAGCCGGUGCAUAUGUGUAAAGUGUGCCAUCUAGUAUUCCAAUCGUCGAAAACCCUAAAGACUCACCAGAAGAGGAAGCACAAAGUAUUUAGACGUUCGUUUAAGCACAUCUGCGACCAUUGCGGCAUGUCGUACGAGAGAAAGAAUAGUCUGAUGGCCCACAUAAGGAGGAAACACGCUCCGAACUCCAUGCCGGAUGAUAGAGAGGAAAGGACAUGCGAUAUCUGCGCGCUGGUGUUCAAGGGUAUGACCAGGUUGAGGAUGCAUAUGAGACGGAAGCACGGCUCCUUCGAGGAGUCAUUCCAGCACGUCUGCAAAGAGUGCGGCCUGACGUACGACAAGUACAGGAGUCUGAUAGUCCACAUACAGCGGAAGCACACCACAGACCGGAAGCCCGUAGCCAACCAGUGGUUCAAAUGCCCCUUCUGCCCGAAAGCGUUCACCAAAAGGGAGACUUAUGCCAGGCACGUGCAGAGGAAGCACCGCGUCUCAGACGAGGACAGCGUCAAGCGCGAGGACGUGGACCAGGGCCUUCUGGAAAGCUGCAAGAACGAAGAGACCGGCGAAAUAUCCUGUAAGGAGUGCCCCCUAGUCUUCUCCUCGCUGAAUUUCCUCAAGCUCCACAUGCGGAGGAAGCACAACGCUCUGAAGGAGGACUUCCGUCUUAAGUGCAGGAUAUGCAACCUCUCCUACGACAAGAUCGAAAGCCUGAAGCGGCACAUCCGACGGAAGCACGACAGGGGCUCGUUCUGCGAGGUGUGCAACAAGCAGUUCGACACCAGGGAGCUGUACUUGAACCAUUCGCACGUGAAAGUGAUCAAGGAGUGCACGGUGUGCGGUCUUAUAUUCGCCUCGCAGGGCGGCCUCGGCAAGCACCUUCGCACCACCCACAAGAUCGACGCGCCCAAGACCGUGUUCUGCAACCUGUGCAACGAGGGCUUCUACGACAAGAGGCAGCUGAAGCCGCACCUAAUGAAGGUCCACCUCAAAGUGUCCUACACCUGCCGCCACUGCAUGAAGGUGUUCAAGGCGAGGGAGAGCUACCGGCGGCACGUGCUGUUCAAACACCCGUCCGGCGCCGCCAGCCAGGGCCAGAUGCAGAAGUGCGAGCACUGCCCGCAGACGUUCCCCGACGAGGUGGAGCUGUGCCGCCACAUCAGCGUCGCCCACGCGAAGCCGGCCGACGGCCAGCCCAUGGAGCUGGUCGUGGUCAAACAGGAGGAGCCCGACUACAAGUUCCAGUGCUCCAAGUGCCCGGACUCGUGCGCCACCUGGGACGAGCUGCGGGCGCACUACGAGCGCAACCACCAAAUAGUCGAGUACACCCAGUGCCAGGUCUGCGGCGAGGUGCUGCCCGGCAACGAGCUGCAGAAGCACAUGAAGGGGCACGCGGAUACCGAGCUCCAGUGCAAAUACUGCGAUUUCAAAACGCGCACGCGCGCGAGCAUGACGCAGCACACGCUCAGGCACAAGAACGCCACGACGCUCCGCUGCGACUUCAACGGCUGCAAGUACAAGAGCUUCUACGAGGGGGCGAUGCUCAAGCACAAGAAGCGGCACAGCGAGCAGGGGCUGAAGCUCCAGUGUCCCCAAUGCCCCUUCCGCACGAUGAACAAGUACAUACUGAAGUACCACCAGGAAGCGCACGCGACCGGCAAGAAGCGGUACACGUGCGACCAGUGCGACUACGCGACGACGCUGCCCGCCAACCUGGUGCAGCACAGGUACAAGCACUCGACGGAGAAGCGGUUCAAGUGCGAGGUGUGCCCCUUCGCCACGAAGUACAACACCUCGCUGAGGUUCCACGUGAAGAAGAAGCACUGCGACCUGCCGACCAUCAGCUCCGGU